GUCGCGCAGACCCCGAGACGUCGCUCCGUGGCCGCUCACUGCGAUAGAUGCUGGGAUUACCACAGACAGACCUACCGCAUCCUCCGAUCACUGACAGUACGUGCGGGCUCGAAAACUUCUCCAAGCCGUCGAGGAAAGAGGUUUUCUCUUUUUUGUUGUUGUUGUUCUUUUUUUGUUUUUCUUCUUUUCUUGGAUCACUGGAUAACAUCUCCUUGGACGGGGCGCUUUUUAUGAAUCUCUGUCUAAUGACGAGCUCAAACGUGGAUUUACUGGGAGUAAAAUCAACCUACUGUAUAGAUUAAAAAAAAAGAGGGACGAGAGAAAUUGAGAGAGAUAAAGAGCGAGCUCUGUUGGAUUUGGGUACCAUCAGUUACAUUUCUGGAGCGGAGGAGAGCUUUUCGUGAUCUUAUUUAUUAAUUUCAUUUUGGAGGUGGUGGGUAAAUCACUGGCCAAUUCUCUCUCCCUCUCUUUCUCUCACUGUCCCCCCCGCCCACCGACCCCCACCACCACCACCCUACGGUUUGCCUUUUAGGUGUGAAAUCUAUCUUAUCAGAGAGAGACUCUGAACCCCCUUUUGGUCCCCCGCAUGACAUGGUUCAGUCCAGCUGGGAGAUCCGAGCCUCCUCCAUGCAUUGGGAUUUUUCUCAGCUCCGACACCGAGUGAAUCUCCCUCUUCUGAGCAUCUGAGAACUCAUCGUGCCUGCCAGAAGAAAAGAAAAAAAAAGAGAGAGAGAGAGAGAGCCCCUGCCAUGACCGCCACUUCAAAUCGGGAUCGGGACGGAGCAUCGGGACUUGGAAGGAGAGCGGAAUCCGUAUGCAGAAAGGGAGAUGAUGGCAUUGGGAUUUUAGUAGCUCUGAUGAAAGCUGGAGCUCAGGCGCGCUGUUGUCGGAGCCGGGUGCUGCUCUUCUACAUGGGGCUGCUGAUGCUGGUCGCUACAGUUGAGGCUCAGAACUGCAGUUAUACUCUACACAGUCCCAAUGGGACGAUAGAGAGUCCUGGAUAUCCUUAUGGUUAUCCAAACUAUGCCAACUGUACAUGGGUCAUUGUGGGAGCGGAUCAUAACCGGAUACAACUGGUGUUUCAAGGCUUCGCCCUGGAGGAGGAUUUUGACAUCCUGUCUGUAUAUGAUGGGCCGCCAAGCCCAGGGAACCUGCGAACAAGGCUAACUGGGUUCCAGCUGCCUUCACCUAUUGUGAGUACAGGCUCCAGACUCACCUUGUGGCUGCUAUCUGAUUAUGCUGUCAGCGGGCAGGGAUUUAAAGCAGUUUAUGAAGCUCUGCCCAGUUACACUUGUGGUAAUCCUGGCCAGCUACUGAAUGGCUAUCAACAGGGGUCCACUUUCAAUAUUGGGGAUAAAAUCCGCUACAGCUGUAGCCCUGGCUAUGUGUUGGAGGGUCACACCACACUCUCCUGCCUCGCCACUUCAACUGGGACGGCUGCCUGGGAUUUCCCCCUUCCUUACUGCAGAGCUGAUGAUGGAUGUGGAGGGACACUGCGGGGCCAGAGCGGGGUGAUCACCACCCCCAAUUAUCCAGCCGAGUACAACAACAAUGCUGACUGCACCUGGACUGUGCUGGCCGAGCCCGGAGACACCAUCGCUUUGGUUUUCUCUGACUUUCAGUUGGAGGACGACUACGACCUGCUGGAGGUCAGCGGUACAGACGGACCUUCACAGUGGUUUACUGGUCCCAACCUUCCCUCGCCGAUCAUCAGCAGCAAGAACUGGCUUCGACUUCACUUUACGUCAGAUGGCAACCACAGGUUGAGAGGUUUCAGUGCCCAGUACCAGGUGAAAAAGAUGACUGAACUCAAAUCUAGAGGUGUGAAGAUGUUGCCAAGCAAAGACAACCACCAUAAGAUAUCAGUGUUGUCUCAGAUGGGUGUAGCUCAAGGACACAACAUGUGUCCAGAUCCUGGGAUUCCGGAUCGGGGGAAAAGAAAAGGCUCUGACUUCAGGCGAGGAGCUACAGUGCACUUUUCCUGCGAUGAGGGUUACGAACUGCAAGGCUCAAAGAGCAUCAGCUGCCUCCGAGUGACAGACAGCUAUGUGGGCUGGAGUGAUGACCGGCCCAUCUGCAGAGCACCAAUGUGCGGCGGUCAGCUAAAAGGACCCAGUGGUGUCAUCACAUCUCCUAAUUAUCCCGUUCAGUACGAUAACAACGCCAACUGCACUUGGAUCAUCACAGCAACUGACAUGUCUAAGGUGAUCAAGCUGACAUUUGAGGAUUUUGACCUGGAGAGAGGUUACGACACCUUAACGGUGGGAGACGGCGAGCUCGUGGGGGACCAGAAGACCAUUUUCCAUGUCUUGUCUGGGACGACGACGCCAGACCUGGUGGUGAGCACCAGUCACCAGAUGUGGCUGAACUUCAAAACAGAUGACACCAGCGGCUCCCUUGGAUUUAAAGUCACUUUUGAGGAGAUCGACCAAGGCAGUUGCGGGGAUCCUGGAAUUCCGGCCUACGGCAAACGGGAAGGGACAGGUUUUCGUCACGGGGACAGGUUGUACUUUGAGUGUCUGCCUGCCUUUGAACUCGUGGGAAAGAAGAACAUCACCUGUCAGAAGAACAAUCAGUGGUCCGCCAAGAAACCCAGCUGUGUCUUUUCCUGCUUCUUCAACUUUACUACUCCAUCCGGAGUCCUGCUGUCUCCCAACUACCCUCAGGAAUAUGGGAACAACAUGCACUGUGUGUGGCUCAUCAUCACCAACCCCGAGAGCAGAAUCAACCUGGCCUUCAACGACCUUAGCAUGGAGAAACAGUUUGACUUCCUUUCCAUUAAGGACGGCGGAAAGGCUGAAUCUCCCAUUCUGGGAACCUUCUCUGGAGACGCUCUGCCUCCCCCCAUAACAACGAGCGGUCACGUGGCCCGACUUGAAUUCCUGACAGACCAUACAUACACGGACAGAGGCUUCAAUAUCACUUUUACAACUUUUCGCCACAACGAAUGCCCAGAUCCAGGGGUGCCAGUUAACGGAAAGCGUUUUGGUGAGAGUCUUCAGCUGGGCAGCUCCAUCUCAUUCCUUUGUGAAGAGGGCUUUGUUAAGACCCACGGCUCUCAGACCAUAUCCUGCAUUCUGAAGGAUGGGAACGUCGUUUGGGACAACGCCGUCCCCCGAUGUGAAGCUCCAUGUGGAGGAGAUCUGAAGGCUCCCAGUGGGAUCAUUCUCUCCCCUGGCUGGCCAGAACUGUACAAGGAGGCCCUUAACUGUGAAUGGAUCAUUGAGGCUCCUCCAGGCUAUCCCAUCAAGAUCAUCUUCGACAAGUUUCGAACUGAGGUCAAUUAUGAUGUUCUCGAGGUGCGGGAUGGCCGAUUUCCCUCCUCACCUCUAAUUGGAAGUUACCAGGGUACCCAGGUUCCGCAGUUCCUCAUCAGCACCUCAAACUUCCUUUACCUGCUCUUUACCACCGACAAGAGUCACUCUGACAUCGGCUUCCGCAUACGUUAUGAGACCCUGCAGUUGCAGUCAGACCACUGCGUGGAUCCCGGCAUCCCUGUGAACGGGCAGCGGCACGGCAACGACUUCUACGUGGGAGGUUUGGUGACAUUUAGCUGCGACGCCGGCUAUACGCUAAGCGACGCCGAGCCUUUAGAGUGCGAGCCUAAUUUCCAGUGGAGUCGCCCCCUGCCUAGCUGUGAUGCGUUGUGCGGCGGUUAUAUUCAGGGCAACACCGGAACCAUCCUUUCUCCCGGCUUUCCUGACUUCUACCCACACAACUUGAACUGCACGUGGACAAUCGAGACCUCCCACGGAAAAGGUGUACAGUUCAGCUUCCACACCUUUCACCUCGAGAGUCCACAUGACCAUUUGCUGGUGACCGAGAACGGCAGUUUCUCUCAGCCGCUCUGGAGACUGACCGGGUCCACCUUGCCUCCUCCUUUAAGCGCGGGCCUGUUCGGGAACUACACCGCGCAGAUCCGCUUUCUCUCUGACUUCUCUGUUUCGUACGAGGGAUUUAACAUCACAUUCUCAGAGUAUGAUUUGGAGCCCUGUGAGGAUCCUGGAAUCCCUCCAUACAGCACCAGAAAAGGUCUCCAGUAUGGAGUGGGUGAUGCCCUCAUCUUUUCCUGUUUCCCCGGUUACCGGUUAGAGGGUCCGGCGAGGGUGGUGUGCUUAGGGGGCAGAAGGCGGGUGUGGAGCUCCCCUCUGCCAAGGUGUGUUGCUGAAUGCGGCUCAUCCGUGACUGGCAUGCAAGGGGUGCUCCUCUCUCCCAACUACCCUGGUUACUACGGCAACAACCACGAAUGCAUCUACUCUAUCCAGACGCAGCCUGGCAAAGGCAUUCAGCUGAGAGCACGGGACUUUCGACUGGAGGAUGACGACGUUCUCAAAGUUUUUGAUGGCAGCAGUAAUAAGGCUCGUCUCCUGGGGGUGUUUACAGGAAACGAGCUACUUGACGUGACCUUGAACUCCACUUCCAGCUCCAUGUGGCUGGAGUUCAUCAGCAAUGCUGAAAACACCAGUAAAGGCUUUGAACUGCACUUCACUAGUUUUGAGCUGGUUAAAUGCGAGGAUCCAGGCGUUCCCCAGUUUGGCUACAAGCGGGAGGACAAAGGGCAUUUUGCAGGGAGCACCGUGUCGUACAGCUGCGACCCAGGCUACACCCUAAAAGGCCCGGAGAUCCUCACCUGCCUCAGGGGGGAGAGGAGGGCGUGGGACAGCCCACUUCCACUCUGUGUUGCGGAGUGUGGGGGCACCAUCAAGGAGGAGCCUUCCGGUCGUAUUCUGUCUCCAGGAUACCCAGCUCCAUAUGAGCACAACUUGCAUUGCGUUUGGACCAUCGAAGCUGCUCCAGGAAGCACCAUCAGUCUACAUUUUCUGGUCUUCCACACGGAGGAGGUCCACGAUGUGCUCCGGAUCUGGGAUGGUCCGCAGGACGGCGGAGUCCUGCUGAGGGAGCUGAGUGGGUCUGCGUUGCCCCCGGACGCUCACAGCACCUUUAACACAAUCACUUUGCAGUUCACCACAGACUUUUUUACCAGCAAGCAAGGCUUUGCUUUGCAGUUUUCUGUCUCCACGGCGACCUCCUGCAAUGACCCGGGCAUGCCCACUAACGGUACCCGUGGCGGCGACAGCAGGGAGCCCGGGGACCAUGUGGUAUUCCAGUGUGAUCCCGGCUACGUCCUGCAGGGGGCCACCAGAAUCACGUGCACAGAGAUCAAUGGUCGCUUCUUCUGGCAGCCAGACCCCCCAACAUGCACAGCUCCGUGUGGUGGGAACCUAACAGGUCCAAGUGGGCUGAUUCUGUCUCCAGACUAUCCUGAACCUUACCCGCAUGGAAGAGAGUGUGACUGGAGAGUUACCGUCACACAGGACUAUGUUAUUUCGCUCAGCUUUAACCAUUUCAGCCUGGAGCCCAGUUAUGACUUCUUGCAUAUCUACGAUGGGCCAAACUCCCUGAGCCCCUUGUUGGGUAGUUUCUAUGGCACCGACGUUCCAGAUCGCAUCGAGAGCAGCUCCAACACGCUCUUCAUGGCAUUCCGCAGCGACGCCUCCCUCAGCAGUAACGGAUUUGUGCUGCAGUAUACAGAAAACCCCAGGGAAUCUUGCUUCGAACCCGGCCUCGUUCGUAAUGGGACACGGGUGGGCACCGAUCUCAAGCUGGGCUCCACUGUCACCUACCACUGCGACAGCGGCUACACGCUAGAGGGAGACCUGACGCUCACUUGCAUCAUAGGGGGAGAUGGCAAGCCGAGCUGGAACAAGCCCAAACCCAUCUGCAUGGCGCCAUGUGGUGGACAGUACUCUGGAUUAGAGGGAGUAGUCUUGUCCCCUGGUUUCCCUGGCAACUAUACCAGUUCUCGAACCUGUCUGUACUCUGUAGUCGUGCCCAAGGAUUAUGUGGUGUUCAGCCAGUUCGCCUUCUUCCAGACGGCUCUGAAUGACAUAGUGGAGGUUUAUGAUGGACCAACACAACAUUCCCGGGUUCUGAGCUCACUUUCUGGAGCGCACACAGGUGAGUCGUUGCCGUUGGCGACCUCCAAUCAAAUCCUGAUCCGCUUUACAGCCAAAGGCCAAUCCAGCUCCAGAGGAUUCCAUCUGGCCUACCAGGCGGUGCCAAGGACCAGCGCCACCCAAUGCAGUUCAGUCCCUGAGCCACGAAAUGGUCGGCGCAUGGGCAACAACUUUGCCGUUGGUGCAGUGGUUCGCUUUGAGUGCAGCCCUGGCUACGUCCUGGAGGGAUCAAGUGCCAUUGAAUGCUUAACAGUCCCCAAUGCCCUGGCACAAUGGAACAGCUCCAUACCCAGCUGCAUCGUUCCAUGUGGAGGUAAUCUGACCCAUCGAACUGGCACCAUCUUAUCUCCAGGCUACCCUGAACCUUACCUCAACAGCCUGAACUGUGUGUGGAAGAUUACUGUUCCUGAAGGAUCAGGGAUACAGAUCCAAGUAAUCAGCUUUGUCACGGAGCAGAACUGGGACUCACUGGAGGUCUUUGAUGGAGGCGACAACACUGACACACUCCUCGGCAGCUUCUCAGGUACAACGGUCCCCGCUCUCCUCAACAGCACCUCAAACCAACUCUACCUUCACUUCUUCUCAGAUAUUAGUGUGUCCGCUGCCGGAUUCAGGCUGGAAUACAAAACUGUCUCUCUGACCAGCUGCCCAGAACCUGUAGUUCCCAUGAAUGGCAUCAAGAUUGGGGAGCGUCUUCAGAUGAAUAACGUGGUGUCUUUUCACUGUGAACCUGGCUAUACUCUCCAGGGGAACUCUCACAUCACCUGUAUGCCUGGAACCGUCAGACGAUGGAACUAUCCUCCUCCUCUCUGUAUUGCACAAUGUGGUGGAAUCCGGGAGGAGAUGGAGGGAAUGAUUCUCAGUCCUGGUUUCCCUGGCAACUACCCUAGCAACAGUGAUUGCACCUGGAGAAUAUACCUGCCAGUCGGUUACGGAGCCCACAUUCAGUUCCUUAACUUUUCAACAGAGGCCAACCACGACUUCCUGGAGAUACGGAACGGGCCUCUUGAUACUAGUGCUGUGAUUGGUCGAUUCAGUGGCCAGGACAUCCCAUCAUCUCUUCUGUCUACGUCCCACGAGACCACAGUUUAUUUUCACAGUGACCACUCGCAGAACAAACCAGGUUUCAGGUUUGAGUAUCAAGCAUAUGAGCUACAGGAAUGCCCAGAUCCAGAACCUUUCCGUUAUGGAGUGGUGGUCGGCGCAGGCUAUAAUGUGGGCCAGUCCAUUUCCUUUGAGUGUCUGCCUGGAUAUCAACUGAUGGGACAUUCCAUCCUCACCUGUGAGCAUGGCACCACCCGCAACUGGGACCACCCAUUUCCUCGCUGCGAAGUGCCUUGUGGUGGCAACAUGACAUCAGACAACGGGACCAUCUUCUCCCCAGGAUACCCAGAGGAGUACCCAAACUCAGCUGACUGCACCUGGCUCAUUUCAGUGGCUCCCAGCUUUGGAAUCAAACUCAAUUUCACUCUGCUUCAGGUUCAUGGGCCGCAUGACUUCAUAACUGUCUGGGACGGUCCGCAGGAGACAACUCGAAAACUAGGUGUGUUCACGGACGGAGAGCCUAAUGACCCACCCAGUAGCACAUCCAAUCAGGUGCUGAUACGAUUCCGCAGCAACACGGAGAAGGGCGGGUUAUUCCGUAUUACCUAUCAAGCUUACAGGCUUCAGUACUGCCUGCCUCCACCCAUCAUUCCUAAUGCAGAGAUCCUGAUGGCAAGCAAAGAAUUCAAAAUUGGUGAUAUAGUUCGCUACCGAUGUCUCCCAGGCUACCAGUUAAGUGGAAACAGCAUCCUGACAUGUCGACUAGGAACACACUUAGAAUUUGAAGGCCCCCCACCGUCAUGUGAUGUGACGUGUCCAAUGAAUGAGGUGCUGACGGCUUCCACAGGCGUCAUUAUGAGCCAGUCACCAGGCACCGGCUUCCCUCAUUUCGAGUCUUGCUCCUGGGUUGUUAAAGUGGAGCCCGGCUACAACAUCUCCUUCACUAUCGAACACUUUCAAACCAGCCGUCAGUUUGAUGAGCUUGAAGUCUUUGAUGGUCCGUCCAGACAGAGCCCGCUUCUUAUUACCCUCAGUGGUAAUUAUUCCAGCCCGCUGAGCAUCACGAGCUCCAGUAACAAAGUCUACCUGCACUGGUCUUUUGAUCACACCACCAGCCACAAAGGCUUCCGCAUCCGUUAUUCAGCACCAUACUGCAGCCCUCCUAGUAACCCAGUAAAUGGCACAGUGCACAGCCUAACUGGGUCCAAGUUGGGCAAUACUUUACGCUUCAACUGCGACCAAGGCUUUCGACUUAUUGGUCAGACCAGCGCCACAUGCACCCGGACAGCACAGGGGAUCCAUCAGUGGAAUACCCCAGUACCUCUUUGUCAAGUCAUGUCCUGUGGGAUGCCUGUUGCCCCUGUCAACGGCAGCAUUGUUGGCCAAGACUUCUCUCUUGGGGCCAGGGUCACUUACCAAUGUAAUCCAGGGUUUCGGCUUGCUGGUCCUCUCACCACCUCAGUGGUCUGUCAAGAGUCUGGGCGGUGGAGCCCCAUUGAGGCCCCUCCAAGAUGCGUUCCGGUCACCUGCGCCGACAUCAGCCACUCUGCUGUGGAGCAUGGAAGAUGGAGACUAAUCUAUGGCACUCAAAACCAAUAUGAUGCUAUAAUGAUGCUCAUAUGUGACCCGGGAUAUUACUACAGGGGUCAAAGGAUCAUUCGCUGCCAAGCAAAUGGCACCUGGAAUUACCCUGAUCCUCGCCCAGUCUGUGACAUUAUUUCCUGUGGAGAUCUUGGCACUCCUCCAAAUGGUCAUAAAAUAGGAACUUUGACUGUAUAUGGAGCCACAGCCAUUUUCUCCUGCAACACAGGAUAUACCCUAGUGGGCUCUCGGGUACGAGAGUGCAUGUCCAAUGGGCUUUGGAGUGGAACACAAGUUCAAUGUCUAGCUGGCCAUUGUGGCAGUCCAGACCCAAUAGUUAAUGGGCAAAUAAUUGGGGAGAACUUCAACUUUCGAGGCAGCGUUGUGUACCAAUGUAACCCAGGGUUUCGUCUUAUUGGUGUGUCAGUGCGAAUAUGCGAGCAGGAUCACCGCUGGUCAGGGAACACCCCCGUUUGCGUUCCCAUCACAUGCGGCCACCCUGGAAACCCUACAUUUGGCACAACCCAAGGAACCCAGUUCAACUUAAAUGAUGUUGUGCGUUUUGUCUGCAAUACUGGAUAUGUUCUGCAUGGGGCUGUUAAAUCUACAUGCCAGGCUAAUGGACAAUGGAACAAUGCUAUACCAAGGUGUAAAAUUGUAAACUGCACAGAGCCCGGCCAUGUAGAGUACAGCAUUAGACAAGUAUUAUCCAGCGGGCCGCAUCGGUACAGCUUCCAGACUACGGUGACGUACCGCUGUAACCCUGGCUAUUAUCUUCUGGGUACCAGCUCCGUCUCCUGCCAAGGGGACGGCACCUGGGACCGCUCCUUACCCAAAUGCCUGUUGGUUCUUUGCGAUCGUCCCAGCAUGCCUCCCUACGCCCAGAUCUCAGGUGACCGUCGAACAGUGGGCUCAGUCAUCCGCUACAGCUGCAUGAGCCAGCGCAGCAUCAUCGGAAAUACCACAAGAAUGUGUCAGCUGGACGGGCAGUGGAGCGGCUCGCCGCCACACUGCUCCGGGGAAUCAAAUGGUCUAUGUGGAGAUCCAGGCGUACCUGUUCACGGCAUUCGUCUUGGAGAUGAAUUUACCGUGAGCAGUGUUGUACGUUUCAGCUGCGAACCUGGUUACGUCCUAAAGGGGUCACCAGAGAGAACAUGUUUUUCCAACGGUACAUGGAUGGGAACACAACCGGAGUGUCAUGUAAUUUCCUGUGGAAACCCAGGAACUCCACGAAAUGCGCAGAUCCUUGUUCACGAUGGACUGACUUUUUCCAGAUCCAUCACUUACAGCUGCAGGGAAGGGUACUACUCUACUGGACUGCUUACCCGACACUGCACUGUAAAUGGGACCUGGACGGGCAACAUGCCAGAGUGCUCAGUAAUCAACUGUGGCGAUCCCGGAGUGCCAGCCAAUGGAGUUAGAUUUGGGAAUGAUUUCACCUACAACCGAACAGUGGCUUUCCAGUGUUCUCCUGGAUACACCAUGGAUGCUGACAGAGCCUCUUCUCUCAUCUGCACCAAGGAUCGGACAUGGAAUGGCACCAAGCCGCUCUGUAAAGCAAUUGUUUGUGGUCCACCACCGCUCAUCCCAAACGGACAGGUUGUGGGUUCAGACCUAACCUGGGGCUCGAGCAUAAGUUACUCCUGCAACCAAGGCUAUCAGCUGUCCCUGCCCACUGUGUUAACAUGCCAGGGCAACGGCAACUGGAGCGGAGAGAAGCCACAGUGUUUCCCUGUAUUCUGUGGAGACCCAGGAAUGCCAGAUCAAGGCAGAAGGGAGGACCGCGGUUUCACCUAUCUUUCAUCUGUCUCGUUCUCUUGCAAUCCUCCCCUCGUCUUGGUUGGCUCGGCCAGGAGGUACUGCCAGUAUGAUGGCACUUGGAGCGGCACACAGCCCUCCUGCAUAGAUCCAAGUCACACAACCUGUGGUGACCCUGGCAUUCCACUCUUUGGAAAUCAGAACAACAGCCAAGGCUACCAGAUUGGCAGCACUGUGUUCUUUAACUGCAGAAAGGGCUACUUAUUGCAGGGCUCUAUUUCGCGCACAUGUCUGCCCAACCUGACCUGGAGUGGAUUUCAACCCGAGUGCAUUUCCCACCACUGCAGCCAGCCAGAGCUACCUGCUCAGUCUGAUGUUCGAGCCAUUGAACUGCCAUCCCUUGGCUACACGCUGAUCUAUACAUGUCAGCCUGGCUUCUAUUUGGCUGGGGGUUCAGAACACAGAACCUGCAGGUCCGAUGGUAGCUGGUCAGGGAAACCACCACUGUGUGCAGCUGAUAAUCGGCCAAGUGGUAGAAUCCCAGUGGGCACUGUACAAGAGCCUCCAUCUAAACUGCCAGUCCCCGGUGGUGUGUUUGCUAAAAACUCCCUCUGGAGGGGUUCCUAUGAGUACCUGGGAAAGAAGCAGCCAGCCAUGCUUAGCAUCACUGCCUUUGAACCUUUUAGCAACCGAGUUAAUGGGACACUGAUUGACCACAGCGGGGUAGAGCUUAAAUUAGCAGGAACGUAUAAGAGGGAGGAAGCCCAACUGCUUCUACAAGUUCACCAGAUCAGAGGUCCUGUGGAAAUCUUUGUGAACAAGUUUAAAAUAGACAACUGGGCCCUGGACGGACAUGUGUCCUACAUCUCCUCGUCCAAUGCUUUUGUGUACCAGGGAUUUGUCAGAGGAAAAGGCUUUGGCCAAUUUGGUCUCCAAAGAUUGGAGAGCUUAGAUCCCAGUAGAGCCAACCCUGGCUACAACUUUGCCUCCAACAGCAGUUCAGUGGCAGCUGCCAUCCUAGUGCCUUUCAUAGCAAUGAUCAUUGCAGGCUUCGCUCUGUAUCUCUAUAAACACAGAAGAAGACCCAAAGUUCCCUUCAACGGUUACGUGGGCCACGAGAACACAAACGGUCGGGCUACGUUCGAGAACCCCAUGUACGACCGCAACAUCCAACCCACUGACAUCAUGGCCAAUGAGACAGAGUUCACAGUCAGCACAGUGUGCACCGCUGUAUAGCAACACCGUCCUUCAGAGUCAGUUGAGGAAGGAAAGAUGCGCCACAACCUCCGCUGGCUGCCGGCAAAGGACACCUAUAAUUCCUUGUGCAGAUGGCGAGGAAAAGAUUAUUUUAUUUGCUGAAAUACCUUCAAGUAACAUCUCCAGUCGAGGAGCCUCGUACCUGCAGGAAACAAGAAAAAGAGACUAUACGAGAGCAACAGCUUUUUUUUUUUUUUUUU